CUACAACUUCUGAUUCCAUGAUCUUUCCGUAUGUUGACGUUAGGUAACGAGACGUGGCUUUAAAUAGACGGUUGUCUGGUUAAUGAAAUUUUAUGUGAUAUAUGCUACUAGUUAAAAUUUAAGAUGGCAGCUUAUCAAACAUACCAAGAUUUUAUUCAGCAAAAUGAGGAUCGAGAUGGUAUUCGUUUUACGUGGAAUGUCUGGCCUUCUAGUAGACUUGAGGCAACACGCUUAGUAGUACCUUUGGCUUGUUUGUACACACCACUAAAGGAGAGACCUGAUUUACCAUUCAUUCAGUAUGAACCAGUUGUGUGCAGUCGACAAACCUGCCGUGCAGUUUUAAAUCCAUUAUGCCAAGUUGAUUAUCGAGCGAAGUUAUGGGUUUGCAACUUUUGCUUCCAACGUAAUCAAUUUCCCCCUCAAUAUGCUUCAAUAUCUGAACAUCAUCAACCUGCUGAAUUGAUUCCUCAAUUCUCAACUAUAGAAUAUACCAUUACUAGGCAACCCUGUUUACCACCUAUAUUCCUUUUUGUUGUGGAUACAUGCAUUGAUGAAGAAGAGUUAGUUGAGUUAAAGGAAUCUUUGCAAAUGUCACUGUCUCUGUUACCACCUAAUGCUCUAAUAGGUCUCAUAACAUUUGGCCGAAUGGUGCAGGUUCAUGAACUGGGUUGUGAGGGUAUUUCCAAGAGUUAUGUUUUUAGAGGUACUAAAGAUCUUACUGGCAAGCAAAUACAGGACAUGUUGGGUAUUGGAAAAUAUGCUCAAAUUCAGCAACCAGGAGCCCCACAGCAACCAAGAGGGCCUGUUGGUCAAACAGUACCUCCUGCUAACAGAUUUUUGCAGCCAGUUCACAAGUGUGACAUGAGUUUAACAGAUUUAUUAGAAGAGCUUCAGAGGGAUCCUUGGCCUGUGCCGCAGGGAAAAAGACCAUUGAGAUCAACUGGUGUAGCACUUUCGAUUGCUGUUGGACUCUUAGAGUGUACAUACCCAACUACAGGUGCUCGUAUAAUGCUGUUUGUUGGAGGACCUUGUACUCAAGGACCAGGUGCAGUUGUGGGAGAUGAAUUAAAAUCAACAAUUCGUUCUCAUCAUGAUAUUGAAAAAGAUAAUGCCAAAUAUAUGAAGAAAGCAAUAAAACAUUAUGAAAAUUUAGCUGGCAGAGCUGCUGCUAAUGGUCAUAUUGUUGACAUAUAUUCUUGUGCACUUGAUCAAACUGGUUUGCAUGAGAUGAAAUAUUGUCCUAAUUUUACAGGAGGCCAUAUUGUUAUGGGUGACUCAUUCAAUUCGUCUUUAUUCAAACAAACAUUUCAAAGAGUAUUUGCUAAAGACCCUAAAGGUGAAUUUAAGAUGGCUUUUGGUGCAGCAUUAGAAGUCAAAACAUCUCGUGAAUUAAAAGUAUCUGGAGCUAUAGGAUCAUGUGUUUCAUUACACAGUAAAAGUAACAGUGUGUCAGAUACUGAAGUUGGUAUUGGUGGAACUUCUCAGUGGAAAUUUUGCGGUAUCGGCCCUGGUAAUACUGUAGGCAUUUUCUUUGAAAUUGUGAAUCAGCAUAAUGCACCCAUACCUCAAGGUGGUAGAGGCUGUAUUCAGUUCAUUACUCAGUAUCAACAUUCUAGUGGUCAGAGGAAGAUUCGAGUUACCACUGUUGCUAGAAAUUGGGCUGAUGCAUCCACCAAUAUACAUCACAUAUCUGCCGGAUUUGAUCAAGAGGCUGCAGCAGUGCUUAUGGCACGACUCGCUUGCUUCAGAGCCGAAGGAGAUGAUGGGGCCGAUGUUCUACGAUGGCUAGACCGAACUCUAAUUAGAUUGUGCCAGAAGUUCGGAGAAUUUAAUAAAGAUGACCCAAGCUCAUUCCGAUUUUCUGAGAACUUUUCACUGUAUCCCCAGUUUAUGUUUCACUUACGAAGAUCACAGUUUCUACAAGUAUUCAACAAUAGUCCAGACGAAACUUCUUACUAUAGGCAUAUGUUAAACAGAGAAGAUUUGACUAAUUCAUUGAUAAUGAUUCAACCUAUUGUGUAUGCAUAUUCCUUCAGUGGUCCUCCAGAACCUGUGUUACUGGACACCAGCAGUAUACAACCUGAUCGAAUUCUACUCAUGGACACAUUUUUUCAUAUAGUCAUAUUUCAUGGAGAAACAAUUGCACAAUGGAGAAAAGCUGGCUAUCAGAAUUCUCCCGAGCACGAAAACUUCCGCCAACUACUACAAGCUCCUGUUGAUGAUGCUCAAGAGAUCCUACAAACUAGGUUUCCUAUGCCUAGGUAUAUUGAUUGUGACCAAGGAGGCUCCCAGGCUCGAUUCUUGCUAUCUAAAGUUAAUCCUUCAAUUACACAUAACAACAUGUACAGUUGGGGACAGAUGCCUUCCAGUGCAACGGAAGGUGCUGGUGCUCCUGUUCUGACAGAUGAUGUUAGUUUGCAAGUGUUUAUGGAUCAUUUGAAAAAACUUGCUGUUUCUAGUUCGGCUUAAAAAGAAGAUGAAAAUGAACUGUGUUGAUCAACUUUAUUAUAAUUUUCAGCUUAUUUUAGUUUAAGGAGGUAUUUUAAUGUUAAGAAUGAAAAAUGAAUAUUUUCUUCUUAUUUGCAUUUUUUAUUGUCCAAGAUGAAUUGACAUUUAAAAAUCAAAACAUAAUUAUUUUGCUUCUGAAAAAAAAGAUGAUUUUAUAUGAAGGUGUUAGAAUCUAUUAAUUAUUGAAGUAAAGGUUAUGUGUUUAAUAAGUAUUUCAAACUUAAACAAAAAUUAUAACCUGUAUUAAAAUUGUAAUUUUUUUUUUUUUUUUUUUUUUUUUCCUGCCUCACUUAAUUUUUUUUUACCUACAUGAUUUGACUUUAGAUUCAAGGAUAAAUCUGUUUUUCUCAAAAAAAAAAACAAAAAAAAAAAAAAAAAAAAAGAAAGAAAGAAAGAAAAGAAGAAGAAAAGUAAAAAAUUAAAACUUCCUUUUUUCCAACAAUAUUCUUGUGCUGUUAUAGAUUUCCCCCCCUUUAUUUUUGUUUUUGUGCUCUAUAUAUAUAUGUAUUAAUGUGAAAUAUUGCAAUUUAAUAUUUUGCAAAAGCAUGUUUC